UUGAUGAUAAAGCACAAGUCGAAAAUAUUGUAAUCUAUCGUCUCGAGUCCGCAAAUAUCGCAAUAACAAUAAUAACUAACAACUUCAGUGUUAUACUAAUAUUAUAAGAACACGAAUAGUAAUAAUUAGAAAUAAUAAUUACGUACGUAAUAUUACUAACAAUAAUUUUAGUGGUUACCCACAACACGCGCAUCAACAAAAAAAAUGGUUAACAACGAAUCAGUCGGUCGCAUUAAGUAAAAGCGAUUUCGAGUUUUCCCGACGUGCCUAAACGAAUAAGGCGUGAAAAUCUACACAUAAUUGUUCGGUUGUUCUGAGGCCGUUGACACUUACUUUACACUUACUCAAAUUUUUCACUGCAAAAUCCACGACGAUGUCAGACCACGUAGAUUCCGAUGAAAAUUCCUCUGAUUCCAGUUACACGAAGGUGGACUUUUACGAGGUUAUGAAUGAAGUGCCUGAGAAGUAUAAAGACAAAGUAGAUGAAUUGAACAAAAUAUUGCAAAGUAAAAACCAAGAUAUAAAUCGACUAAGAGAUUUAGCUAUUAGUGAUGGAGGAUUGGUGAUAAGUUUAAUACGCCUGGAAGCAUGGAAGCUGUUAUUAAAUUUACCAAGCAAUGAUGAACAAUUAUACCCAUUCGAAAGUAUUAAGGACCAUCCUGAGUACCGUCAAGUUGAUAUGGAUGUAAGGAGGUGCUUAAAAAGAUUUCCGCCUGGUAUAUCAUUUGCAAAAAUUGGUUUAUUGCAAAAAGAAUUGAUAGCAAUUAUUAUGAGUGUAAUUAUAGAAUAUCCAGACCUAAAAUAUUAUCAAGGUUAUCAUGAUGUUGCUGUUACUUUUCUUAUAGAAGUUGGACCAAAAGAUGCAUAUCAUAUAAUGAAACAUCUAUCAUUGCAUCAUUUAAAAGAAUUUCUACGGCCAACCAUGGAGGAAACAUCAUAUCUAUUGUUGCACGUUUUUCCUUUAAUUAAAAGGCUUGAUCCAGAAUUGGAAAAAUUUAUUGUUAGGUCUGGUAUUGGUACAAUAUUUGCUUUGCCAUGGUUGAUAUCAUGGUUUAGCCAUAGCUUGGACCAACACUCGAAAGUAGUAAGAUUAUUUGAUUACUUUCUAGCAUCACCAAAAGACAUCAUCUUGUAUGUUAUAGCCCAGCUAAUAAGUGCUAGACGUGAUGAGAUCUUAAACACUGAGUGUGAAAUGUCUAGUGUUCACAUGGUAUUAUCAAAGAUUCCAGAAAGCUUAAAUUUUGAAAAAGUAUUGGUUAAAGCUACAGCAAUGCAUAAAGAAUAUGAUCUUUCAGAUUUCAAACAAGAGGUUGACGAAAGAGCACUACUAGAAGCUAAGUUAUUAAAUGAUCAGCGGGAAGAAAAUGCAAAGCGGAAAAGAAUCAGGAGAUUUGCAAAUCAAGAACAACCAAUUUUUAACAACGCUUUCCGAUAUGUACCGAUAUGGAUUAGACCUAGAAUGAGAUUUGGCCUGUUAUUCUUUGGAUUUAGUUUGGCUGCCGGGCUUUGGGCUGUUUUCAAAUCUAAUAACAAUUAAAAAUUAAAAAAUUGCUUCAAAUAUUCCAAUUAUUAUUAUUUGUGCUACACACAGGGGACCAAAUAGACUGAUAUCUUACAAUAUUAUAUUGAUAUGUAUUUGUUUUUACUUUUUGAUAUUGGAGCAAUCAAUUAAUUACAUUUUUUUACUCAUCUUUACCUAGUUAACCUUGUUUAAUUCAGCCAAAUAGUUCUAAAUAAUACAACUGUUUUGUAAUUUUGUAAUUUUCUUUAGAUGUAACAUGUGAUUGUGAAAAUUUUUAGUUUUCAUAAGUUGGUGAUAUAAUUUUUAUUUAUUAAGAAUCAA